AAUAAAGCAAAUUUUAAGACACAAAAAAGUUACCAAACAAUCCCUAAAAUGAACCAAGAAACCUCCACAUAUCUACCACCAGAAAUAACCAUUAACAUUCUAUCAAGACUCCCCGUUCGAACCGUUAUAACCUGCAAACUCGUUUGCAAGUCAUGGCUCGAAUUACUCGAGACUCAGGAGUUUGCAAAGUCCCAUCUUUCCGAGUCAGUCCCUGGAUUAGUUGUCUAUCAAUACGACAAUUACAUCAAAACGUUCGAAUUUGAAGACGACAAGCUCGAUUUCGAAAGACACGAGCUUCACUACAAUCAAGUCACGAAACUUGACCGCAGGGCAUUCAUUAGCUCCCCGCACGCUGCUAUUGGAAUACAAGGUUCGAGUAACGGUUUUCUGUUUUUGCGCGAAAUAAACACACAGCCUAAUGCUCUUUACAUCUGCAACCCAACCACUCGCGAGUAUAUCGAGCUUCCAAAUGAAGGGUUCGUCUAUAGGUAUCCUACAAUGGUCACUUAUGGAUUUGGGGUGAGCAAAAUAACUGGUCAGUAUAAGGUGGUCAACGUUUACCACAAGUGUGAACGCGAUCCUCACACACAGGUAUUGCUGAGAAUUCCCAAGUCCUUUUGUCGAGUUUACACUCUUGGAACUAGAAAAUGGAGAAGCGUUACACCUAGUGCCCCGUUGGUAUACAAUUGCCGUUCCGUUGGAGCAUUUCUAAACGGAAACCUUCACUGGUUAGUAUCGGAUUUAACGGGCUCUUACUUCAUUUCUUGCUUUGAUCUCGAAAGAGAAAUUUUCAGCACAUUUUUGCCGCCUCCACCUCUUCGACCGAGUGGGAGGUUACUUGGGGGGCUAGUGAAUUUGGGGGGCGACUUAUGUUUGUGUGACAAUUCGUCUAACGAUGAAAUUGUUAUAUGGAUGAUGAAGGAAUAUAAAAAUGAGAAAUCUUGGAAAAAGGAAUUUGUUAUUAGCAAAAGGCCUGAUUUUGAUGGUGAAUCUUACGACUUUGUUUAUCCGAUCAAAGUUUUCAAAGAUGGCGAUAUUUUGAUGUCGUGCCAGUGUAUUAACCUGUUUUACUACUCCAACAAGACUAAAACUCUUCGAAUAAUCGAUACACUCGAAUUGGGGGACUCGGAUAUCGACUCAAUGCUUUAUACGUCGAGCUUUGUUUCACUCGAAAGCUGUUUCCCAAUGGAGAAUGUAAGGCCAUUUUGAUGUUGUGUAUUUCAGAUUUCUGAAUAUCAUUACAACCAGUAGAAUGUGCAUGUAUUCUAUCUAUCUGUUACCAAGUAUCUGAAUUGCCACAAAAUAUUCACCAUUUCUCUCACAGACAUUUUAUCAAACACUAUACAGACAGAAAAAUAGCCAAUACAAGAAUUGAGUUGAUACCUGGCCAAGUUGUAUCUACUCGUUUCUUCUCCUUGAUUAACCUUCCAGAAAUGGUGCUGUUCUUCUUUCGUUGCACAAGUUAACUCACGAUUUUCGCUAUAUUGUAAGGGGGUAUCGACUCAAUGCUUUAUACAUCGAGCUUUCUUUCAAUCAAAAGCUGUUUCCCAAUGGAGAAUGUAAGAACAAUCUAAUAUCGUGUAUUUUAGGUUUCGGAAUAUCAAUCCGUAAUCAAUGUUUCUGUUAAUGUAACCAGUAGAAUGUACAUUAUGUGAAGAGUAAAAAAUAUUCAAGCCAAGGGCAUAUUUAUAUUUGCCA